AUGGGCGCCCAGUUCUCCCAGUUCUUUCCCCCCCACCCAACCUUCACCAGCGAGAACCUCUCGGAACAGCAAGGCAAAGUGUUCCUCAUCACUGGCGGCACGUCUGGAAUUGGGUUGGAACUCGCCAAGAUUCUCUAUUGCCACGGCGGCAAGGUCUACAUUACCGCCCGCAGCGAAGAGAAAGCAGAAAAGGCGAUCCAAGAAAUCCAAGCCUCUGCACCUAAUCAUCAUGGUGAGCUGGACUUUAUCAUCCUCGAGCUUGAUGAUCUAAGGAGCAUCAAGGCUUCGGUAGAAGCCUUCAAAGCACAAGAAUCGAAACUGGAUAUCCUGUGGAACAAUGCCGGCGUCUCCCAACCGCCCUUGGGUAGCGUUUCCAAACAAGGCCAUGAGCUCCAGCUAGCCGUCAACUGCUUCGGCCCCUUCCUCUUCACGCAGAUGUUACUCCCUUUACUCGACGCGGCGGUUGCCUCGUCCGUAUCUCCUGGGUCAGUGAGAGUAAUUUGGACAAGCAGUCAAGUCGCUGAGCUCUCCUCGCCGGAUGAAGGAAUCAUCAUGUCUGAGCUUACCAGCCCACCUAAGGACAAUGUCCGCAACUACGUAAACUCCAAGACAGGAAACUGGUUCCUGUCUGCCGAGUUCGCCCGACGAUAUGGGUCCCGUGGGAUCGUCAGCGUUGCGUUGAACCCCGGAGCAGCAAACACGAAUCUUCUCAAGGACGCGAGGCUGAUGAAGAUACUCUCUUAUCCCUUGCUGCACAGAGCGGGCUUGGCUGCACAUACAGAGCUGUAUGCUGGGUUUAGUCCUGCGAUAUCGUUGCAAAACAAUGGCUGCUAUGUCAUCCCGUUUGGCCGAAUCCAUGAUCAGGUGGCGGACGCAUUAUUGAGCGCGAUGAAGGUGGCAGAGGAUGGUGGAUCGGGGAGAGCAAAGGAGUUUUGGGAGUUUUGUGAGGCUAGGACGAAGGAUUACCUCUGA